GACUUUUUUCCUGGAAGUUCUAGGAGCUAUAGGGCAAGAGGAUAGACCUGCACACAGCUCACAUCCUCCAUUUCAUAGUCUUUCUAGACUUUGUCUAGCAUUCUAAAAUCUUCUCUACACAGCUCAUACUUAUACCUUUGCUAUCACACUUAGACCCGAGCUUUCGUGAGGUUAUUGAAGCCAAGCCCUACCAACAGUUUCAGAGUCGUUUUCUUGGAUGAAAAUUGGCACAAGACGUUAUUAUUUUCGCAUAAUCUGAUUCGCUUUCUUUCUCACUGUCCUGCACCUGAGCUCAUUCUUCGGUCGCGUCCUCUUUGCAGACUACAUCUACGCACCUCGCCAUCGUCACAUUGGACACCUCCUUCUCAAAUCCUGAUAUUUGCCUCGCGACAUCACUCAUUAAUAGUUAGCUCAUGUCUCAUUCGCCGUCGAACAAUCAAGGUCUGAAUGGUGAGAGCUCACGCCAUCGACCGCCUGCUCCCACUACGAACGGCGCCACGGCUACUAGGUCCACGGGGCUCAUACCAACAAACAGCGUCACUACCAAGAAUGGUGUAACUCUACGUGCGCGUAUUGACCCCACGGUGAGCGUGGCCGACGUCGUGUCACAACUUUGUGUGAACCUCAAAGUCAAUGAGCCCUCGACCAAUUAUGCGCUUCGAGAUGAGGAGGGGGAGUUGGUCACGAAUGAUAACUUGAGGAAGAAAAUCAAGGCAAAGUCCAAUCUGAAACUCGUCAGCUCCCCAGCAAUGGAAGCUGCUGAGAUCGUGGAGAAGUUGACCAUUCGCGAUGACAGGAAUUUCCGAAUGACGCUCUUCUCGCUCCAGAAGUUCAGUCGGGAACAACAGUUCGCAACAGAGUUUCUCAACCGUGAUGGGGUUCACAUGCUGAUAGAUAUUAUCAAUGCCUCCCACGGCAAUACCCUCGCAUAUGCCCUGACAGCCAUGCAGCACUUGAUGGAUUUGGAUUACGGUUGGGACAAUCUCAACGAUGCUUUCAUCCUCAAAGUCGUCCAGAUCCUUUCUUCCCCACAGUCUCUCAUCAACGUCUGCAGACCAGCGACCGCAAUUCUCAAGAGACUCGUAGAGGCUGAUCCGAUAAGCGCUCCAGGACCCUUGGUUGCCAGCUCUAGUCGGAAUCCCCCCACUCUUUCUCCGGGAUCCGUCUAUCGAUAUGGAUUUGAUGUCGUGUUCGAUCAGAUGAAGCAGGAACCCGGUCUGCUUGAGACCGUGGUCAGCAGGCUGGGCAGUGCAGAUACAGCGCUGGCUCUUUAUAGUAUGAUGUUGAUCAACUCGUUGUUAGCACACGCGACCGACACAUGGUGGGGGGAGUUCAUCGAGAAGCUAGAGCGUUUGAAUACAAGAAGGGCUGUCAUCCGUCUUAUGUCCUCACAUACGAUUGAAGACCUUUCCUCCUGCGUCCUUGAUUUUCAAGGCAAUAUAGCAAGGGUGACUUACCGCAAGAAAACCGCCCUUGUUGAGCCCGAAGCAGAGAGCUCGCAUCGCGAUGCGCUGGAGUACAUCUGGUUUAACAGCAAAUUGCAAUCAGAAAAUGACGGAGAGGGCGGCUUGUUGAAAUGGCGAAAAUUAGGAUUUGGCUCAGAAAAUCUGAGUCGUGAAUUUGGGGAAGUUGGGCUGCUAGGGUUGGACUGUCUGCGACACUUGGUUCAGAACGAUCCUGAUUUCUUCUCUAAAGUGGUUCAAGAACAGAACAGUCGACCACCAGAACGCAGAUGUCCUUUGGCCAAGGCUUCGAAUGAGGUAGUCGAGCUGCUGUCGGAUCACUGGGCGAUAUUUGCUCCUGGAUAUGCAACCUCACCGACCUUCCAGCCAUUCUUUCUGAAUUUCUACAAGGUUCAUGCCCUUGCUACCAACUUCUUUCUACGAAUGUGGAACGAAAGCGGUGCAGCACUGAACGAUUUCUCUCGUGUUUCUGCACUUGUCCGUAGUCAGAUCAAUGUCGCGCUAAGAGACGAAAGUGCUCGGCCAUUGCAUGAAGUUGAACAAGAUUUUGUUGAUUGUGAAUACCGAGCUGUGAGAGACAGGCAGAUGAAAGAGUUGGAGGAAGAGGAUGAUUCGUUGAACAAGGUUCCCGUUCGAAAUCUACGCAAUAAGCUUUAUAAGGAGUCGUAUGAGUUCGUGCGUCAGCAACGUAUCCAUUGCCUCCUCCAGGGUGCUUGGUUCAUGAACGCCAUUCCGGUGUUCGCGCCUAACACCAACCGUCCUAUCCGGCCAUGGCGUUUUAUGAGAUUGGAUAACGGUCUCAAGUACUUACAUUACGUGGAUAGUCAGGUCAAGUUUCCCGUGCGAAAUGGGCUAGAGGACCUCCCGGAGCGUAUCGAUAUUUCGCUCAUCAGUGAGAUAGCCACUGCUAACUGUGCGCCGCCACCGAAUAUGGUCCCAGGCGAUCUCCCGCCCAACUCUUCCGCAGUGGCCUCGCCUCUUUCGUUUUCUCUGAUGAGCACCCACGAGGGGUCUCUCGCGGACCAAAUCGCACCUGACCAGUCGAGAUGGGCGGAUUGGACCGAUGGCUUGAACAUCCUUAGGAGAGACGGAGGCCAUGUCGCCUCGCCCGAGACCGCUGAUUUCGUGACAGCAUUGACCGAAAUCGGCCUCAAGAUCAAACUUUUAGAUCUUUCUGGUGAUAAAGUGGAUAUACCAAGUGGACUGACGGCAGGACCGCCCCCCAUGAACAAUGAUUUCUUCUUUUCAGACUUAUGACCCCCAAUAAUUUUACUGUAGUGUUAUGGAGUUGGCGUUUGUGCUUUGAAUCUCUAUGAUUGUACCUUGCUCUCAGUAUCUAUCGACUUUUUUACAUAGAAUCCUUCGCCCGCUUGGAGAUAUCAACGGGUCUGCAGUAACAAGUUUGUUGUAAUUAGAGCGCGGAUGAGCGCACGACUGAUUGAGAAGAAUGUACUCGUAUAUGCAAGCAGUUGAUGCAAGGGUGAUGAUGCAUAAUGAGAUGGGUAGAA